UUUUUGACGGAUCGUUCACGUUCAGAUGUCAGAAAAUUUACGCAAAGCAAGGACGCGUAAAAAACGCAGCAGAAAACAUUGUUUGCAAAGAAAAUUAUUUUAUUUUAAUGGUGAAAACUCUUUAAAAUCAUAAAAAUUAUUGUGUAAGUGCGGCGAACAAUGGCCGACGAAGGUAACGAGGACAGUUGGUUGUACGGCAACACCAAUGCCGAGGGGAAAAAUGGCGAGAAGGCUGACGAUGAAGCUGCCGAUGGCGACGUUGCUGGAAAAGAUGGCACUUCGAGGGAUGAAACCGGCGGUCAGUCGCAGUGGGAAACGGAGGAACCUAGUCGGGCUACGAAACGUCCUCGAAGCAGCUUCUCCGAUGAUGAACACCAUCAACACGAUGACAAUGCCAUGGAUUCGAGCGAUCUUGGCCAGUCGCGAGGAGAUUCCACCCGGAGGGAAGAUGAUUUUCAUGGCGAGGAGGAUUCGCAUCUGCAGGAGGACGAAAGCCAUGACCAGGAACGCACGGAAAAACCGGACAGGAGCGAUGGCGAAAUGGACACAGACGAUAGCGAUGACGACGACGAUAUAAACGUUGUUAUUGGAGAUAUAAAAUCGGGUCCGAGUUACAACAUCAUCAAGCAACGGGGACCCAUAGUUCCUCCUCAGGUGGCACAGGCAGCCCCUGGCCAGGAUAAGGCCAAGCAACCUGCCGGGAAGUUCAGCAUAGAAGAGUUUGAAAGUGUCGGUACCAUCAAUGGGGUUCCAGCACACGAAUUCAGCAUUGAUUCCUUGGAAGAGAAGCCAUGGCGUAAGCCCGGAGCAGAUAUUACGGACUACUUUAACUAUGGAUUCAAUGAAGAAACUUGGAGAGCUUAUUGUGAGCGACAGAAACGGAUGCGCAUGCACGAAAGUGGCGUUGGAUUGCAAGGUUUGACCAUUAACAAUCCCCAGGCGGCUCAGGCUCAAAAUAACUGGAGACAAGGUCCUCCUCCGCCUAGGAAGAUGAACAACGGAAUAGACGUCAUUGGCGGUAUGAGCAUGCACCCAAGACCGGAACAUGGACCGGAUAUGAUGCCUCGUCAUCCGAAGGAGAACAUCAUCCAGGUCAUGACGGCGGAUCGUCGGGAAUACAGUCGAUCGGCUUCUAAAUUCGAUUCCCCAAUGGGACCUCCACCGUUUGGUGCCCCUCCAGAUUUCUAUCACAACGAACCGGACUACGGUGACUAUGGAUACGAACCGACGCAGGAAUCGCAAUGGAACCAGGAACCCAACUGGCAGCCACAUGGUAUUAAAACACUUACCCCGGGACCGCCGCCGAUGAUGGGAAUGGGAAUGCCACCUCCCCACAUGGACAUGAUGCCACCGCCAAUGCAACCGGGCAUGAUGGGUCCUCCAGGGAUGGGACCGCCAGGAAUGCGAGGCCAUGAUCGUGAACGUGACCGAGAUCGGGAUCGUGGCGAACGAGACCGUGAUCGGGAACGGGGUGGAAGGCAACGGGAUCGUGACCGCGAACGUGAACAUCGACGGGAACGCGAGAGGGAUCGAGAACGGGAAGCGUCCAUCAGCAAGCCCGAACCGGUGGAAAUGGAACGGUCUCGGAGCGAGAAGCCCGAUCGAGAGCGUGGCGAAGCGGAAAAGGAUAAGCGAUCGUCCAAGUCCGAGCGCCACAAGGAUAGGUAUCGCGAAAGGUCCCGCAGUCGAGAAAAGUCCAAAGCCAGGAGACGUUCCCGCAGCCGGGAACGUGAACGUGCGGAACGCGGCGAACGGCACAGUAGUCGUUCGGAGAAAAAGAAGUCACACCGGAAGGACAAGGAGGAGGACGAAUAGAUAAGCAAGUUGAAAGAAUAAAACAAGUGUUGCAUUUCCGGUCAAGCAA